GCGGCGGCGGUUGCUGGCUGAGUCGGGGAGGUGCAGAAGCCUGUUGUUGCCGUGGCCGUUGCAUCCUCGAGGGUGUCGUGUCGGCGCCACCCCGGCUGCUGAGCACUCCGAUCGCCCCCGAAGCUAGUGUGUGUGCCCCUGACCCCGUCAGCUGUUCGCGUCUCGCCCUGUGGGCCGUGCCUCCUGCAUCAUGUGCGGUAUAUUUGCUUACUUAAACUACCAUGUUCCUCGAACGAGACGAGAAAUCUUGGAGACCCUAAUCAAAGGCCUUCAGAGACUGGAGUACAGAGGAUAUGAUUCUGCUGGUGUGGGAUUUGAUGGAGGCAAUGACAAAGAUUGGGAAGCCAAUGCCUGCAAAAUCCAUCUCAUUAAGAAGAAAGGAAAAGUUAAGGCACUGGAUGAAGAAGUUCACAAGCAACAGGAUAUGGAUUUGGAUAUAGAAUUUGAUGUACACCUUGGAAUAGCUCAUACCCGUUGGGCAACACAUGGAGUACCCAGUCCAGUCAAUAGCCACCCCCAGCGCUCCGAUAAAAAUAAUGAAUUUAUUGUUAUUCACAAUGGAAUCAUUACUAACUACAAGGACUUGAAAAAGUUUUUGGAAAGCAAAGGCUAUGACUUUGAAUCUGAAACAGACACAGAGACAAUUGCCAAGCUUGUUAAGUAUAUGUAUGACAAUCGGGAAAGUCAAGAUAUCAGUUUUACUACCUUGGUGGAGAGAGUUAUUCAACAAUUGGAAGGUGCUUUUGCACUCGUAUUUAAAAGUGUUCAUUUUCCUGGGCAAGCAGUUGGUACAAGGCGAGGUAGCCCUCUGUUGAUUGGUGUUCGGAGUGAACAUAAACUUUCUACUGAUCACAUUCCAAUACUCUACAGAACAGGCAAAGAUAAGAAAGGAAGCUGCAAUCUCUCUCGUGUGGACAGCACAACUUGCCUUUUCCCUGUUGAAGAAAAAGCAGUGGAGUAUUACUUUGCCUCUGAUGCAAGUGCCGUCAUAGAACACACCAAUCGCGUUAUCUUUCUAGAAGAUGAUGAUGUUGCAGCAGUGGUGGAUGGCCGUCUUUCUAUCCAUCGAAUUAAACGAACUGCAGGAGAUCACCCUGGACGAGCUGUGCAAACACUCCAGAUGGAACUCCAGCAGAUCAUGAAGGGCAACUUUAGUUCAUUUAUGCAGAAGGAAAUUUUUGAGCAGCCAGAGUCUGUUGUGAACACAAUGAGAGGAAGAGUCAACUUUGAUGACUAUACUGUGAAUUUGGGUGGUUUGAAGGAUCACAUUAAGGAAAUCCAGAGGUGUCGGCGUUUGAUUCUUAUUGCUUGUGGAACAAGUUACCAUGCUGGUGUAGCAACACGUCAAGUUCUUGAGGAGCUGACUGAGUUGCCUGUGAUGGUGGAGCUGGCCAGUGACUUCCUGGAUAGAAACACGCCAGUCUUUCGAGAUGAUGUUUGCUUUUUCCUUAGUCAAUCAGGUGAGACAGCAGAUACCCUGAUGGGUCUUCGAUACUGUAAGGAGAGAGGAGCUUUAACUGUGGGGAUCACAAACACAGUCGGCAGUUCUAUAUCAAGGGAGACAGAUUGUGGAGUUCACAUUAACGCUGGUCCUGAGAUUGGCGUGGCCAGUACAAAGGCUUAUACCAGCCAGUUUGUAUCCCUUGUGAUGUUUGCACUUAUGAUGUGUGAUGACAGGAUCUCCAUGCAAGAGAGACGCAAAGAGAUCAUGCUUGGAUUGAAACGGCUGCCUGAUUUGAUUAAGGAAGUACUGAGCAUGGAUGAUGAAAUUCAGAAACUGGCAACAGAACUUUAUCAUCAGAAGUCAGUCCUGAUAAUGGGACGGGGCUAUCAUUAUGCUACUUGUCUUGAAGGGGCAUUGAAAAUCAAAGAAAUUACUUACAUGCACUCUGAAGGCAUCCUUGCUGGGGAAUUGAAACACGGCCCUCUGGCUUUGGUGGAUAAGUUGAUGCCUGUUAUCAUGAUCAUCAUGAGAGAUCACACUUAUGCCAAAUGUCAGAAUGCUCUUCAGCAGGUGGUUGCUCGGCAGGGGCGCCCUGUGGUGAUUUGUGAUAAGGAGGAUACCGAGACCAUUAAGAACACAAAAAGAACAAUCAAGGUGCCCCACUCAGUGGACUGCUUGCAGGGCAUUCUCAGUGUGAUCCCCUUGCAGUUGCUGGCUUUCCACCUUGCUGUGCUGAGAGGCUAUGAUGUUGAUUUCCCACGGAAUCUUGCCAAAUCUGUAACUGUAGAGUAAAGAGUAUCUGAAACGCCGGAUGAUUAAGCAACACAAGACACCUUUUGUAUUUAAAACCUUGAUUUAAAAUAUUCCCCCUUGAAGCCUUUUUAAAGUAAAUCUUUAUUUAUAUAUCAGUUAUAAUUAUUCCACUCAAUUUGUGAUUUUUGUGAAAUUACCUCUUAUAUUUUUCCAGUAAUUUGUGGAGGAGUUUGAAUAAUGGAAUCUAUAUUGGAAUCUGUAUCAAAGAUUUUAGCUGUUAUUUUCUUUAAAGAAUGCUGGGUGUUGAGUUUCUGGAUCCUCCACUUCAAUCUGAGAGGAAAGUAUGUUUUAAAAAUAAUAAGCAUUUAUUUACCAUGGUUCUAUUCAUUCAGAACAAUGAAAGAGUAGUCGUGCAUUUAAUUGGAAUAUCUACAGCCAAUGGCAAUGUAUGCUCAUACUUGGAUGUUAAGUGAAGGUUUUUCUAAGUUAUAUAUAAAGAGAAGAUGCUGUGAUUUAUUUUGAAGCUUGUUUCUGUUUUGUUUUUAAAUCAAACUGUAAAACUUAAAAACUGAAUAAUUUUCUUGGUGGAAUUUAUGUCUGUAAGUUCGGUUAGCGUUAGUUUCUCAGAUUUGUUGCCUUUUAUCUGUAGAUGAAGGUAAUUUAGGAAGCAAACUAUAGUAGUGCAUUGGUGUUCUCCAACUCUCGAGAGAACAUAUUUGCACAAUUUCAUAGCACAAAUUUUAAAUUCAAGCUGCUUUGACAACUGACAGUAUGAUUUUAAAUUUGAAGAUGCGAUAUGUACAUUUGGGUAUCCUACCCCUUGUGUUUUCAUCUCGUAAAAGUGGUUUUUAUUUCCUUAUAUCUGUAGUCUUUUAUCUUUUAAAUGACUGCUGAAUGACAUAUUUUAUCUUGUUCUUUGAAAUCACAACACAAAGCUGCUGUCAAAUGUUUAAAUUAAAUCAAUAUUGGUAUAUUCA